AUGCCGUCAACACAAGCGAUGCGCUCCCUGCUACGGGUACGGGUCACUCGCAUGCCCGUAACCCCCACGGUCGGCGCCUCUCUCCCUACCGUUCGCAACCUUCAUGGCACGGUCAGCCUGUCGCGACCCUACAAGGAUGAUCAAGACCGGGAGUCACUCAAGCCCAAACCCUCUGAGGGCACCAAGAGCGGCACUGACGACGCCGCCGCGGAGAGCGACGCGGCCUUUGACCGGCACGACACCAACCCAGAGUCCGAGCGGGAGAGGGGCGGAAAGCCUCUGGACGCGAGCGGCGCGAACCAGAAGCUGUCGAAGCCGCAGGGCGACGAGGGGAAGAAGGAGGCUGAGGCGGGCAAGGGCGGCGACAAGAAGACGGCCAGCAAGGAGGGCAGUCCGCAGAAGCACGGCAAGGCGCCCACGCACGACUCCUAG